AUGGCAUGCAAGCCGAAUAUGAUGCCGGGCGCAGGCUCAAGGAAAAAGAUCCCCGAGCAACAGCCUGCCAAUGGCAUUGCUGAUGAUGUCUCUUCGCACGAUGAAUUUGAAGACGUUACUACCAUUCCCGCGGCUGUUAGCUCGAAACUCUCUUCCCGCGGCCGCGGCGGUGCUGGCAAUAUGGCCGACGCGCGAAGGUCGCCAAUGAUCAAGCCUUCUGACCUGGAAACGCCAGUCCUCAAGACGCCCCUUGUUACCACCGGUCGCGGUGGGACCGGAAAUAUAGUCAAAAAUGACGAUCCUCACGAGACGCGCCUGCGUCAAGACGUUGGAGCCAUCCCUCGGCGAUAUUCAACCGGUACACGGUCUGGCGGCCGCGGCGGCGCCGGCAACUCGUUCAAAGAAACGGAUGGCGGCAGUACGUCGAUACCAUGCCAGGACAAGGUCAUCGCGGAUGAUGCUUCGACCCGACGUUGUACCAAUCCAACUAGCACCGAGCCCGAGUCCCUUGCAGCUAAGGGUAAAGCCUGGCUGUUUGGCAAGAAGGUGUAG